AAAUUAAGUAAAAUUUGGCAACCCUAUAUUAGCUUAGCCGCCGUGAAUGCGAAAGAGGAGGAGAAAAUUUCUUCUGUGAGUUCUUUUUCCUGCUUUCUCUCGGCGAGGUUGCUGUUGUUGUGUUUAAGAUGGCCAUGGCGACAGCAUUUUCAAGCCCGAAUCACUGUUUUGGUCGGCAAUGGAACUCGCAAUUUCCUACCAGCGGUCACAUUUAUCGUCGGAACUUGCAGAAUCCGUCGUCAUUUAGGUCGCCGGCGGGCCGUGUUUGUUGUAGUGAGGCACAGAGCAUAAGCAUAGCUUCCGAUUCCAAACCGAAUUCAUCUGUUCAACGCCCGCCGUACAUCCCCAAUCGCAUCCCUGACCCUUCCUAUGUUCGCAUUUUUGAUACGACUCUCCGCGAUGGCGAGCAGUCCCCAGGUGCGUCCCUCACCUCUAAAGAGAAGCUGGAUAUUGCUCGUCAGCUCGCCAAGCUCGGCGUGGACAUAAUUGAGGCUGGAUUCCCAGCUGCUUCGAAGGAAGACUUUGAGGCUGUGAAGAUCAUUGCCAAAGAGGUGGGAAAUGUUGUCGACCAGGACGGGUACGUGCCUGUAAUUUGUGGUCUCUCGAGGUGCAAUGAGAAGGAUAUUCGAACUGCAUGGGAGGCCGUGAAGUACGCUAAGAGACCGCGGAUACAUACGUUUAUUGCAACUAGCGAAAUUCAUAUGAAGUAUAAGCUGAGGAAGACGAGGGAGGAAGUGAUUGAGAUUGCUCGAAGUAUGGUGCGGUUUGCACGAAGUUUGGGCUGUGAUGAUGUUGAGUUCAGCCCCGAGGAUGCUGGGAGAUCUGAUAGGGAGUUUCUUUACGAAAUUCUGGGUGAAGUUAUAAAGGCUGGGGCAACUACUCUCAACAUACCAGAUACUGUGGGUUAUACCAUGCCGGUUGAAUUUGGGGCGUUGAUUGCUGAUAUAAAAACUAAUACGCCUGGCAUUGAAAAUGUUAUCAUUUCGACACACUGCCAGAAUGAUCUUGGACUCGCAACUGCCAACACAGUAGCAGGAGCAUGUGCAGGUGCAAGGCAAGUUGAGGUCACAAUUAAUGGCAUUGGUGAGAGAGCUGGAAAUGCUUCGCUGGAGGAGGUGGUAAUGGCCUUACAAUGUCGUGGAGAGCAUGUGCUUGGAGGUCUUCAUUCUGGAAUUAACUCAAGACAUAUCUUUCUGACUAGCAAGAUGGUAGAAGAAUAUACUGGCUUGAAUGUACAACCGCACAAGGCUAUUGUUGGAGCUAAUGCUUUUGCUCAUGAAAGUGGCAUCCACCAGGAUGGGAUGCUUAAGCACAAAGGUACUUAUGAAAUCAUAUCCCCUGAAGACAUUGGCUACGAACGAUCCAAUGAUGCUGGUAUUGUUCUAGGAAAACUUAGUGGACGCCAUGCCCUUAAAAGUCGACUUCAAGAGCUUGGUUAUGAGCUUGACAAUGAGAAUCUUGACAACAUAUUCUGGCGUUUCAAAGCAGUAGCUGAACAAAAGAAGAGAGUAACAGAUGCUGAUCUUCGAGCAUUGGUAUCCGAUGAAGUUUUUCAACCAAGUGUUGUCUGGAAGCUGCUAGAUUUGCAGGUAACCUGUGGAACUCUUGGUCUUUCUACGGCUACCGUUAAACUCCUCAAUGCUGAUGGUAAAGAGCAUACUAAUUGUGCUGUUGGAACGGGGCCUGUAGAUUCAGCUUACAAGGCUGUAGAUGGCAUUGUGAAGGAACCAGUUGCACUUCUUGAGUAUUCGAUGAACGCUGUCACUGAAGGCAUUGAUGCAAUUGCCACGACCCGUGUUGUAAUAAGAGGGGAAAACAGUUACACAUCUACUAAUGCAAUUACAGGAGAAGCAGUUCAACGAACAUUUAGUGGUAUCGGGGCUGGCAUGGACAUAGUCGUAUCAAGUGUGAAGGCCUACAUUGGUGCACUAAACAAGAUGCUUGGUUUUCAAGGAGUUGACAUUAAGGUUUAGCGGGUGCAACUUCUUUGCCAACGAUCGAGGGGGUUCAACUUCUUUGCCAACAAUCUAGGGGGUGCAACGUCUUCGCCAACGAUUUGAGUGGGUGCAGCUUCUCUGCAAAUGAUUGAGCGGGUGCAGCGUCUUCGCCAAGGAGCGAGUUCAACUUCUUCGCCAACGAUCGAGGGAGUUCAACUUAUUGAAUUAGCUAACUUUAGAAUUUGAUUUGUCAUUCUCAUUUCUUUUGGACAUGAAUAUUAUAUGUCAAAAAUUUUUCUAUGAUUUAGGGUUGGAUUUGGAAUUUUUAUCAUUUAAUCAAUCCAUCAUUGAGCAAAAUUUUAGCAAAA